AUGGCCGUGUCGGGGACACUGGCAGUGACGGUCCAUAAGUUCGCAGUCGACGGUGAGAAGUCGGACACUAAGUACAGUGUCCGCCUGCGAGUGGGCAACAAUGAGGUCCACACGAAUGACGCGUCUGCCGAUGAAGCCAUCGACGAGACGUUGCACCUCAAUGUGCAGACGACGUCGGACGCCGACCAAGUGACGUUUGAAGUGCUGCAGCCGGACCAUCCGACGCCCAUUGGCGUCUCGAAUCGGUCGCUCAAGGAGUUUCUGCACGGCUUUGACCAGCGCCAGAUCACGUUUACCGUCGGGGACGUGAAGGCGCCCCGGACGGUUGUGGUGACGUACAGUGCCCAGUGGACGCCAGCCACGAGCCAAUCGCUGACGACGCAUCGGCCGUGGUUCAUGCGGGCGUCGUACUACUACGACACGACCAAGAGUGUGUACGACUACACGACGAGUUUCCGGGUAGUGAAGCCAUUUGCUCGGCUCGGAGAAGCGACGGUGAAUACGGUGCUGGCCACUGUGACGGGCAAGACGUUGACGGACGUGGACCAGUCGCUGGUGGUGCCGGUGCUCAAUUCGGUGGACAAUAAAGUGGACGCGACGAUUUCGGUGGCGUUUACCAAGUUGUACGCUGGGCAGCAGAUGGUGGUGAGGACCAAGAACAAGGCGGUGCGGACGGUGUCGUCGGUGGCUCACAAGACGGGCAGUACCGUGGUCGGGGUGACGAGUUAUACGGCCAAUACAGCGAUCAAAGGCGCGGGGGCAGUGGUUGGAGGAGUCAUUGGCGUGGCGGAUUAUACCGGGUCCCAGGUGAGACAUGCGUCGUCGUCGACGUUUGGCAUGGUGCGGGGGGUGACGUACUCGGUCGCGAGCCAUAUACCGAUCCUCGGGUCCAAAAUACGGGCUUGA